AUGUAUGUGAAAUGCUUUAAUACAAUAAUGUUUUACUAUGUUAUUUUAGUGAACUUAGUGAAUGUCACUUUUUGUCAUUUUCAAAUUUCCCGCCGUUCCGUCCCCGUACAUCCUGACGUCGCAGGGGACGGAACCCAGAAGACAGAUCCGCCGGAGUACAUUACAGGGGACACUGCAGGAGGAACAUCGCUGGAGCGCAGGACAAGGUAAGUGAUCGAGGGAUCGUGGAGAAGCGCCACAUGGUAAGCCCGUGUGUAGCUCGGGGUUAUCGCUUGUGCUACACUCAGGAAUACCACCAGGGAGGCUACACAAA